AUUUAAUUUUAGCGGGAACCAAUAAAACGUCUGAUAAGUUGUCUUGUAGGGGGGACAUAUAACUAUUAAAGAAUUCUUUUAUGUGUCUAGUGAGAGGAGCUAAACUUAUGGAAAAAAAAAAAUUGAAAAUUAUAAAUUAACCGCGCUCGUUGUUACUUUAAAGUGAAUACAGUCUAUUGGUUAAUGAUAAUUAUUAUCUGUGUUUUGUGGAUUUCCGACUAACCAAAUAAAACCAGUUUUUGAUUCGAGCAUCACAUAUUAUUCAUAGAAGAGAUUUUAGUUUACUGAUGUGUGGUUUACAUUAAUUGAUCUUUGUUUUUCAAUAAAUACAAAUACAGAAUUGUGCAGUAGGUACUUACAUUCAGUUAACGGAUUUCUACAUCUUUAUCUUAAUAGAUUGAUAAACAUUUAUUCAAGUAAGAAUAGUUAUGUAUCAUUUAUUUUUUCAUUAAAUAUUCAAUAAACAAUGAUUUACCCACAGUUUAUACAUAUUAUAAUAUAUAUGAUAUAUAUAUAGUGAACUUAUUGGUAAAAAGUGGGUAAUACAGUGUUCUAGUAUGUCAUACAGUUUUUUAUAUUUGUAUUACCAUAAAUACCUGCACAGCACAGGGAUUAAACUAUAAAUCUACUAUAACACUGUUCAAAUUAUGAAAACAGGAUAGUAGGUACUGUAGUAUUGUUUCUGUAUCAAAAAAUACUGUAGAUUAAAAAUAAUGUCUUUUUACAUAGUUUCACUUACCCACCCAGUACAGAAUGUAGUUUUAUGUGUAUAUAUUAUUCUGAUGUAUAAACAAUAAUACUGUAGUUUCAUAAAAAUCCGUUCACUAGUUUUUGCUUAAAAGAAUAACAAACUUUCAUUCAUUCAUANUAAUUUAUAAAAUCAAAGAACAUAUCUAUUUAUUGAUGUUUUUUAUUUAUUGUUUAGCAAUGUUUAAUACACCACGUUUGAAAAAAGAACUAAGCCAAUUAAUUGAUAAACCUCCAAUUGGAAUAAAAGUUAAUAAAAAAGAAAACUCUUUGAAUAUUUUAGAAGCCGGUAAGAAUUAUUUAUAUUUAUAAAUAGUAUUAUAAAAUAUUUAUUUUUUCUGUACGCACACAUUCUAAAAAGUAUUGAACAAAUUUUAGUCUGAUGUUCAUCAAAAAAUACUGGUUAUGUAUCAGAGAAUGUUUAAAUUUUAAAUUUACUUAUUUUAUGUUUACAUUAGGCUGAACUGCCCACUUAUUUUUUAUUUAAGAAAAAAAAAAAUUGUACUAACAAUUUAACUCUAUUUAAGUAUUCACAACAAUGUAUUAAAUUGUUUUAGAAUUAAAUGGGCCGAAAGAUUCUCCAUAUGAAGAUGGAAUUUUCAAAUUAAUUAUAGAAGUGCCAAAAAAGUAAGUCUUAAUAAUUAGGUAGCCACUUAGAUUAUAUUUUAAUGCAAUAUAAUAUUUAAGUCUUACACUUGAUUUUGAAUUGGUUUUUAAUUGUAAUUUUAUUCUAGGUAUCCAUUUGAACCUCCUAGGAUUAACUUUAUAACACCUGUUUACCAUCCAAACAUUGAUAGCGGUGGCAGAAUCUGUUUGGAUAUAUUAAAAAUGCCUCCAGCUGGUGCUUGGAAACCUUUGAUAACAAUAGAAGGCGUUUUAGUUGCUAUAUGUAAUUUAAUGAAUUGUCCAAAUCCUGAUGACCCUCUUGUACCAGAUAUUGUACUACAUUUUUAUUUAUUUAUCUUUUGUUAUUUUACCUAUGUUCUAUUUUUUUUAUUUAAUUAAUAAUAUUUUAUGGGUUUCAGGCAAGAGAAUUGAAAACUGAUAAAGAUAUAUUUGAAGACAAAGCUAAAAAGUUCACCAAAAUGCAUGCUACUAUGCACAGAACAAAUACUUAAUAACAUAAUAUUAAUUUAAGAGAUACUGUAUUAUUUUUAUUUUUAUAAUAUC